AUGGCGCCCCAAGUCCCCUCCGAAGAAGCAGACGCCCACCAAGCCCUCCUCGAGAUGCUCGACAUCAACUCCAUCCCCAAGCCCUUCCGUAACCCCCACUGGAAGCCCUCGCAGCGGCGCAACAAGAACAUCAAAACCAUCCUGAGCGACACAAUCCGCAAAGAAGUCUCCAACUCCCUCCUCCCCACCACCGAGAACUCCGGCGCGGUAACCCCGGCCGCCGUCGAAUCCUCCUCCUCGACGUCCGCGUCCGUGGAUGGGGAAUCGGAAUCCACUCCCGUUACUACCACACAGCAGCAGCCGAAUCUAGCGCAGGCAUCGAGGAACCUGUCGAAGUUGGUCAGGGAGAGGAAUAUGAAGGCGAUGGGAGGGGCAGGGGCCAGUGCGGGAGGAGGCGUUGGAGCGACGUAUACGAAUAUUGAGAGCGCGCCGAGUAUGGCGCAUGCUAAGCAUUACUGUGAUGUGACGGGGCUGGCGGCGCCGUAUACGGAUCCGAAGACGAGGUUGCGGUAUCAUGAUAAGGAGGUUUUUGGGGUCAUUAGGGGGAUGGGUCAGGGUGUCACUGAGCUGUAUCUGGAGGCCAGAGGGGCGCAUACGGUGUUGAAGUGA